AUGUCAAAUGUAAUCCAAUUAAAUUUGCAGACGAUUGCAGCAAUAUCAGCAGAACCAUUUGGUGUGGUUCACUUUGGGUCCACUCGGAAGAUUCCAGAAACAAAGGGAUAUGUCGAUCAAGUAACUGAAUCUUUUAGAGGAAUGGAUUCUACAUAUUCUCUUUCCAAGGAUGAGAUUCAAUUGCAGCAGUUGCCUCUAGAGUCUGCUACUUGCAUUGAUUUCUCCACUCAAGCAUCUAGCAGUGUAAGAAGAUAUCCUGUGUUUACUUCAUCUUGGCAUGAUUUUCCAUGUGAACUGAGGAGCAAUGCGUUUUUCACAAGAACAAGCAAUUACAUUUCAUUGCACUCUUAUCCAUUCUCUGAAGAUUCGUCGAAUAAUCAAAAUUCUAACUUGUUACUCCAUUCAAUUGAUGGCCAAGGUCAGAGAUCAUUUAAUUUUUCCACAUUUGAGGAUUUGUUCCCGACAAGUGAUUUUACAGUGGCUGUCUCUAAAACGUCCCCUGCGGAUGACCUUUCUCAUUGGUUUUCUUCUCUGCCAGAUGAAAGCAUUACUUCAUCUGCUAUGAAACUCUGUAAUAGCCUAUCACAUGCUGCAGGAUUAAUCCCGGUAGUCAAUUUGAAUGGACACAACUCCUCUAAAAACAUGUCAGAAAAUUGUCCAACCUAUUCAUUACAAAGUUCAAUCAAAGAUGCAUUUUAUUGUAUUGGAAAAGAGAAAUGUACUGAAAUCUCUGGCAUUGACGAGCUGUUUUACAGUUUUAAGGAGGAUCCUGUGUGUAAAAGGCCAGAAGAUCAUAAUGAAAACCUAAAUUGCUUUUCAUCAGUUUCCAUAUCCGAAUUUGAUGAUCAAGUAUCAUCCAAUGCUGAAAGAAGAAAAAUUGAGAAUUACUUGCAGAGCCAGCACCAAGUGAAAUUUCAAGGUUUUCCUACCUUUGAUGGGCAAAUGAAACCUCUUAAACCUAUAUAUAAUCCCUGCAAAAGAAUUAUCCUUGAACCCAAUAAUGGUACCUGCACAAAAGAAGCUGGUUCGUUGAUUGGUGAUAGCUCUAGGAUGAAUACUGGAAACUCUUAUUCGCCAAUGAGGAAUGAGGAAUGUUUACAGACUGUGAAGAAGAAGGCCAAACCAGGAACUCGUCCCAGGCCAAAAGAUCGUCAAAUGAUCCAAGAUCGUAUUGCAGAAUUGAGGGAACUCAUUCCCAACGGUGACAAGCGAUCAGACUAUGGUUUGUCCUCUGGUAGUCGAGGACCCGGCCAAAUGCUUAUAGAGGGUUGCAUUUUGGAGAUUGCUAAAAUAGUUCGAGGUUUUGGCUUGCUCAUCUUGAAGGGAGUGAUGGAAAUUCGUGAAACUAAGAUAUGGGCACAUUUCAUAGUCGAGGCUGAGGGAAACCAGCAUGUCACACGCCUUGAAAUAUUUCCAUCUCUCAUACCACUUCUGCAAAUAAUGAGCCCAAGUGAAGCGAAUGCAAGUGAUGGGUAUGAUAGUAUUACCAAGUCAGGGGCUUUUCUAUCAGAAAAUAAUCAGCCUGUUGUUUCACUUCCUGUUAACUUGGCUGACACUUUCCAAUAUGCAAGCUAG